AUGUUUUAUCCACAGAUGCAACCCUUAAAGAAAGUUGAUAUAGAAAUGUCAACAAACGUUACCAAAUUCAUCCUUAUAGGAUUCAUGAAUCCCCAAGAGCUACAAUUUCUUUUUUACUUUUUCUUUCUUUUAAUUUACCUGAUAACUUUGGCUGGGAAUAUUCUGAUAGUUGUGCUUGUUAUAAAAGAUAAACAUCUUCAUACACCAAUGUAUUUCUUUCUUGGAAAUUUUUCCUGUGUAGAGACAUGCUAUAGUUCUACUGUGCUUCCCAAAGCUUUGAUCAGUCUUCAAACUGGGGACAGAUCCAUCUCAUUCCAACUGUGUUUUGUUCAACACUAUUUCUUUGCCUCAUUAGGAGCUGUUGAAUGUUAUCUCUUAUCUGUAAUGUCAUAUGAUCGGUAUUUAGCUAUCUGUCACCCUUUACAUUAUGCAAAUCAAAUGAGUGGUAAAUACUGUGUACAAUUAGUUAGCAGCUGUUUUCUUAGUGGAUUUUUGGCUAUUUCUAUUACAAUUGCAUUAGUGUCCAACUUAGAUUUUUGUGGUCCAAAUGAAAUUAAUCAUUUCUUUUGUGAUGUCUUCCCACUCAUAGAAUUGUCUUGCAAUGAUACCCAUCUUCUAAAAAUUCUAAUUUAUCUUAUUUCAUUUUUAUUUACCAUACCUCCAUUUUUGCUGACUGUAAUUUCAUAUAGUUGCAUUAUCACUGCUAUCCUGAAAAUUACUUCCAGCCGUGGUAGACAAAAAGCUUUUUCUACAUGUUCCUCUCACCUUAUUGUGGUUACCAUUUUUUAUGGCACCAUAACAAUUGUCUAUAUCUUACCCAAUACUGAUACACUGAGGAACCUUAAUAAAGUGUUUUCUGUCUUCUAUGCUGUUUUGACACCCAUGAUAAACCCACUUGUUUACAGUCUCAGAAACACUGAAGUAAAGAAAGCACUGAGAAAACAUAUAGGUCAGUUAUAUGUCAAUUUGUUAUCCAAUAUCUACAAAGCUAAGUAG